AUGAUUUAUUCAUUAUUCUAAGCAAUCCAAGUAUUUUCUAAUGAAUUUUAGGGAAUUUUUGUUAAUUCAAGUAAAUAGUCGUUGCUAAGAUGUGAUUGGUGACCAUAAGUAUUAAAUUCACGAAAAACGAUAUACACUAAUAUUCGUUCGAUCGCCAAUCGGUCGCUAACAAGAUAUUAUAUUAACCCUUAGCUGUCGAUCGCGAUUCGCAUAACUGCUGAUAUUAUGCAGAUAACGUGCUCCGAAGUUGAUUGGCUAUUUCAGUAUCCGCAAAAUUUCAAAUCUCUGCCAACUGGUUUCUGCGCUUUGUGAACGCACCCUUAAUUUCUUUGACGCAUGAUCGUCCUGUACAAAUACACUCAGACCAGAAGUGCUAAGAAAUAAACAAGGGACGGUUGUAAGUCAACUCAAAAUAGAAACGUCAAUGCAAAGCAUUGCCAAUGUUAUCAGUUAAAAUGUUACUUUUUGGUGUUUGAUUGACUAUAUUUUAUACUAUGUUUGCACAAGAUUAAUCAAAUUAAGAUUUUUAUGCAAGUUUUAUACAUUAUAACGAAUCAACAAUUGAAGUUUGAACUUGUCAACAAACAUGGCUAAUAAUUAUGAUGACACUGUGGCUUCAGUAAAUUGCUUUGAAAUGACCAAUGCACCAGCGGCAAACUUUACCAUGGAUCAAACUACGCUACAUAUGAAUGAAAGUAUUUCAAAAUCUCCCAACAACUUAGUAUCAGCUGGAGUCAAUAUAGCUAACCGACAGGGCAUUGGAUCAAAUGGUAGAACAAUGAAAGAAUGUGAAGAUCAACUAGGGUAUCUUAAAAAAGAAAAUUUUGACCUCAAACUACGCAUAUAUUUGCUACAAGAAAGCAAAGGAAUUCUUUCUGAUGAAAACAUGAUGAAGAAAAAUAUUGAACUUAAAGUUGAAAAUGAAUCUUUACGAAAAGAACUUAUUGAAAAGCAAGAACUUUUAACUCAAGCAGCAAAAGCUAUCGAACUAAUUGAAGAUCAAAAACAAAUUUCUACUCAGAGCCAAACACAUUACCAUCAAGCUUUAAAACGUGAACAUGAUAAAGCCGAAAAAUUGGAACAAGAAUUAAUGGAAAUUAACGAAAAAUUGGCUGAAACAAUGUGUUACAAAGAAAUGCAUGAAAUUUCACGUGACGCAUUAUUGGAGUGUGAAGAGAAAUUAUCACAAUUAGAAAAAGAUAAAAAAUCUCUUGAAUUAGAGUUGCAUCAGCUAAACACAAAUCUAAAAGAAAAAGAAAACCUGGCACAACAACUUGAGAAUGAAAAGGAUCAGAUUAGGUUACGAACGAAGCAUGAUAUUUCUUUAAAAGAAAAAGAAUUGCAUGAAAAAGAUGAAGUUAUUUUAGUUCUUGAUGAAAAAAUUAAAGACUUAGAACAAAGAUUACUACAGAAGAAUCAUGAAUUGCGACUUCGGGAACGAGAAAUUGUUGACAAAGAUGAUUUGAUUAAAGAAAAAGAUAUGAUGCUUCAGGAAAAAUGUCAGGAAUAUGAUAAAGUAAUUGAAAUAGCAGAAAAACGUAAAAGUCAGAUCGAUCUAUUACGAUUUUCUGUAAAAUCAAGAGACGAUGCUCUUACAGAACUAACUGAUAAGAAUAAAACCUUAAUUAGUCAGUUGGAAAAAAAUUAUGCUACAAAGAACAGUUUAUCCGGUGUAGUGCCUACAUAUAUUGAGGAAUCGCAGUACCUCAACAAAAAUAGUAAUAGUAACAGACCUGGAAAAAUUUUUAAUAAUCAAUUAAACCUAGAAUUUGUUGAUGAAAAUAAGUUGAAAUUUGAAAACCAUAAUUUGGAUGGAUACAAGCUUGAUUCUUUGAAAAAAGAAUUAGAGAAAAAAGAACUUGAAUUAAAUCAACAAGAAAGUAGUAAAAAAGAGUUGCUAUUGAAAAUGUACAAUCUACAACAGUUUGCGGAUGAUACUAACUACAAGUUUAAAAAAUUAGAAACAGAUCAUAAAAAAGCCAUUCAAAUGAUUCAAGGUUUCAUAAAGAGGUAUGAACAAUUAGAGGACAAGAAUGUGAAAAAAGAUAGACGAAUAACAGAACUGGAAACUGAACUUUCUCACCUUCGAAGGAUCAAAAUAUCUGAUACUAAUAAUCUCUCAUUGAAUCAACAAAGCAUGAAUAAUCAAUCAAUCGAUGAGUCACAGAAAAGUCAUAAUGAAAAGGAAAUAUUGAUCAAGACAGAUGAAAAUACCACUUUCAUUGAAGAUAAAUUGAAUGCAUCCGAGAUUUUGUUCGAUCAAAUAACUUCAAACUUCAAUUCAAUGAAUCUUAUGAAAGAAGAUACAUUUGGUCAAAAUCUCACUAGACAUGAGAAUUUGCAGGACUUGAACAAUGAAUCAAAUGUUCAUUCAGAAAACUUUGAAAAAGUUCGAUUAAGUAAUUUAAUAGUAUCUUUGAAAGAAGUAGGUAUCGUAGUAAAUUUUGAAAAUGACAAAGUUCAAUUGGAAUAUGACAGUGCAAAUAUAUCUAAUAAACAGAAUAUAAAAACUAAUUACAUACUGAAACUUUUAAAUUUAGAUCGUGAAUCCGAAGAAGUGAAUGGCUUUUCUAAAUUCAUUUCUACGUUAAACCUUUGUGAAACGUUACUGUUUUAUGUAUUAUUAAUAACAAGAAAAAAUAAACUUCAUUGCGAGUAUUUGAGGGAACAUUUCAAAGAACAUUUGAAAUUCAUGACAGAAAUCGUUAGAGAUAGUAACGAUGAUGCCAAUUAUGAUAGAUAUUGCAUCGCCCUCAAUUUGAUGCUACAAAAAAACUUUGAUCACCAAAAACAUAUAAUAUCUAGUACCACAAGUUUUCAAAAAAACGGUCGUUCGGAUAAUUCAGACGAUAUUGCUUCUAAUGGUCAUGGAACAGAUUAUUCCAACUUUGAAUCAUGUGUCGAAUUAGAUUGCGAAAAUGCUAUUCAAAAUGAUUUGUUCAAAUUUAAAACGCCAUGUCCAAGAAAAUGUAGACAUUUGAAUUAUUCAAAAGAACACCAAAUUUUCAUGGAAAAUAGUCAAAAGUAUCAAUUAGCCAACGACAUGGAAUUGGAACUAUUUCAUCAAAUAAAUUAUAUAAUGGAUAUCAACUUUUGUUUACAUUCAGAUAUAGAUAAUCUACUUAUAGAAAAUUCUCCGUUCAAAUUGCACAAAAUGCAAGAAAAAUUAAAUAUAUUUUUGAAUCAUAUUGAUCAUUUCUGUCAUUUAUGUUUAAAAUUACAAAUGAUGGUGCUAAAUUUUUUACCUAAUUUUAAAACAAUAAAAAAUGAAGAAACAAAAUGUGAAUCCUGUGGAAUGUCGUCGGAUACUAACAUUAUCGAACCCAAAUCAUCUUGUAAUGCCAAAAAAGACCGAAUGGAGUCAUUCUAUUACAAAAAAAAUGUUGAUAAAAGUGAACCUGAAAAUCUAAUCGUGAAUCACGAGUUGAAAUCUAAAAUUGAAAACUUAGAAGAAGAAAUUGAUGAAGCAAGAGCAAUCGUAGUAAAAUUAACAACUGAAUUUGAUCGGUUAAAUCUGAGUUAUAGCCAGGUCUUAGUUGAAAAUACAAAGCUUGCCAAUGAUAAAAUAAAAUUAGAACAGGGAAUGACAAUUUCUGAUGGUUCUUAUGAUACUAUGAUGAAAAAGCUUCACCAAAAUUUUUACGAAGAGAUCACAUAUUUGAAACAAAUAAUUCAAUCUCAUCAAACGAGGUUUCAAGAACUUGAAAUGUUGAAUAAAGAUAUAUGCAGACAUGUAGCUGCAUAUGAAUUGAAUGAAAUAGCACCAAGUUCCAGUGGUGUGUCAUCCAUUUCUACAGACACCGCAAUAAAAUCUAAUUAUGAAGAUAUAAUGAGCGAUUGCCAAACUCAUAAUGCCUCGCGUUAUCAAUUAUCUAUAGCUCCUUACUUUUCUGAUGCAUGUUUGAAAUCAAACAGUUCUCCAGACCUAGGAUUCGAAAAUGACAAAAUGGUUUUGUCAAUACAACCACUCCAACAUACUUUAAAAAUUACAGAAUUAAUAAGUAAUCUUUUAAGUAAUGACAUCUACUGUGACUUGGAGCAUAACGAAUAUUUAUGUCGCCUCAAGCUACCAUCCCAAGAAGAUGGUGAAAUUGUAAAAUUGAGGCAGGAAAAUAUUACGCUUAAAAAAAGAUUAAUGAGGACUCGAAAAGCUCUUGAAGAAACCUUUGAACAUUUAAUGAUGUCCAAUAAAAAUAAAGAGAACGUCAAAAAGGCCAUAACUCAACAAUUAGUGACUAUGAAAAGUGUUUCAAAAUCACUGAAAAAAGAUUGACUUUAUUACUUUUUAUAUUUUUACCUAUCUCUUUUAUAAAUAGUUAAGUAAUUGUAUACAAUUAUUCUGAAUUAGUUGAUCAUUUACGUCAACUAGUAUGAGGUUAAAUUAAACAAA